AUGGCGCUGGACAAGAGAGAAGUUGCCGAGCGAGGUUCUACGCUUCAGAAAGCUCUCCAAACAUCUGUGCCAGCAGCCAACAUCGUCUCGCUACUGAAAGAACUCCAGAAAGGUGUGCGUCCCACGGAGGAACUGCUUCGGUCGACCCAGAUCGGCAAGACCGUGAACCGAUGCAAACACCAUCGAGCACCGGAAGUGGCCAAACUCGCAUCGGAAAUUGUUAGCAAAUGGAGGCAUCAAGUACAGGAGCAAAAGCUGGCUAAUGGAGGAAAUUCUGGUUCGGGAACACCCAAUGCACGAGCCAAUGGCACUGCGUCUCCCGCACCUUCGAAGCCUGCACCUGCACCAAAAGCCGAGUCAACGGUCCCACCAGAUAAGCGAACGUGGAGGACCGACAAGAUCUCACGCGACGAUUUGACAAGUGAUGCGGCUCGUAACAACUGCAUAGGUCUUAUGUAUGAUGGACUAUGCCAAAAUUCUACCCACCCUUCGAAGCAAAUUCUAGAGAGCGCCAAAGCUAUUGAGCAGGCUGCUCUUGAUCUACCUGGGGCGAAAGGUGACAGCACUGCGGGAGCGUACCGAGACAAGAUUCGAUCGCUGUACCAGAAUCUGAGGAACAAGUCGAAUCCAGAGCUGAAAAUCAGAGUGCUGUCAGGAGAGAUUAGUCCUGCGCGAUUGGUGGUGAUGACGCAUGAAGAGCUUAAGAGUAAGCAACAAAUAGCGAACGAUGCUGCAAUCGCCAAGGAGAAUAUGAACAACGCUAUGGUCCCACAAGAACAGAAAUCCGUCUCGACGUCACUGCAGUGUGGAAAGUGUGGGCAGAAGAAGGUCAGCUAUUCUCAGGCGCAAACGAGAUCGGCUGAUGAACCGAUGACGACGUUUUGUGAAUGCAUGGCCUGCGGGAACAGGUGGAAGUUCAGUUGA